UUCAUAGUAAACUUUUUUGUGUUUUAUUAAUCAAAGUAAUGAAACUUUCAUUUUGUGUUUUAAAUAAAAAAAAAAGAAAAACUUGAAGAGCAGUCAGAAAAUCUUCAAUUUUGCCGCCGAGGUAGACUCGCCGAGAAAGACCCUUUGCCCCCAAAUCUUCAACUUCUGGUUUCCCCAUCGGUUGAUGCCCAACUUGCAGAUUUUUCUACUUCGGAAAAGUAAAACGAAAUGGGUUCUUCUUCCACCCUGCAUCCGAUGUCUUCUUCCGCACAAGGCAGAGAUCUCUUCAAGAUUUACAAAUCCCCAGGAGUAAUCUUUGCUUUGGACUAUCAUCUCUGGUUCUAUGAGCUUCUGAUUAUCAAGCUUUCAUUCCUGAAAUCUAGGCCCUGCUAUUGAGUGGGGGACACAUUGGAUUUGUUUGGUUUGGAGGAGGUUUCUAGUGUAGUCUAAUGGCCCAAUUAUCAUAUUCGGAGUCAAUGUCGGAGGGUUCGGGGCAUGGACAAGGUGUCCAAGCUGUACCAUUUAAGACCUCUAAUGGGUCUUUGAAGGUACUUUUAUUACAUGGGAAUUUGGAUAUUUGGGUGAAGGGGGCCAAGAAUUUGCCAAACAUGGACAUUUUUCACAACAAAUUGGACUCUUUGUUCGGGAAGUUGCCCGGAAAACUUGGGAGUAAAGUCGAGGAGAAGAUAACCAGUGACCCUUACGUCACGGUUUCGGUGUCCAAUGCCGUGAUUGCCAGGACUUACGUGAUCAGCAACAGUGAGGACCCUGUUUGGAUGCAGCACUUUUAUGUCCCCGUGGCACACCACGCGUCCGAAGUCCAUUUCGUCGUCAAGGACAACGACAUCGUCGGCUCCCAGAUCAUGGGAGCGGCCGUGGUCCCCGCGGAACAAUUAUAUUCUGGCGGGAAAGUCGAGGGCGAGUUCCCAAUCCUCAACUCCAACAGGAAACAGUGCAAGGCCGGGGCUGUACUGAUUCUGUCGAUUCAGUACACUCCGAUGCAAGCGGUCCCCCUUUACUACGGCGGCGUGGGAGCUGACCCCGAGUACCGGGGAGUCCCCGGUACGUAUUUCCCGCUCAGGCGUGGCGGGAGGGUAACUCUUUAUCAAGAUGCUCAUGUCCCGGAGGGUAGCCUCCCGAAUGUGUGGCUUGACAAUGGGGUGCAGUUCCAGCACGGACAGUGUUGGAACGAUAUAUACCGUGCCAUAAGUGGGGCCCGAAAGUUGAUCUACAUUACCGGCUGGUCCGUCCACCAUUUGGUUCGACUCGUUCGAGAUGGCGAUGGUGCGAAAGAAACCACUCUCGGGGAUCUUCUCAAAAUCAAGUCUCAAGAAGGUGUGAGGGUGCUACUACUUGUAUGGGAUGAUCCUACUUCCAAUAGCAUUCUGGGGUACCAAACUGAUGGAAUUAUGCAAACUAAUGACGAGGAGACUCGCCGCUUCUUUAAGCAUUCUUCUGUGCAAGUGCUGCUUUGUCCACGCGUUGCCGGAAAAGGACACAGUUGGGUCAAGAAAAAGGAAACUGGGACAAUCUACACGCAUCACCAGAAAACGGUUAUUGUGGACGCUGAUGCAGGAAGCUAUCGGAGAAAUAUCAUAGCUUUUGUGGGGGGUCUUGAUUUAUGCAAGGGGCGGUAUGAUACCCCAAACCAUCCUAUUUUCAGCACGUUGCACACCGUGCACAAGGAUGACUAUCACAACCCGAAUUUCACGGGAAAUACUACGGAUUGCCCUAGAGAACCAUGGCAUGAUUUGCACUCUCGGAUUGAGGGGCCCGCUGCGUAUGAUGUCCUAAAAAACUUUGAGGACCGUUGGUUGAAGGCGUCAAAGCGACACGGGAUUCAAAAGGUGAAAGCUUCGCACGAUGAUGCAUUGCUCAAACUCGAGAGAAUCCCCGAGAUUUCAGGAAUAGCAGAUGCUGCUUGCCUAGAUGAUGAUGAUCCCGAGAGUUGGCAUGUUCAGAUUUUCCGGUCCAUUGACUCCAAUUCUGUCAAAGGGUUCCCUAAAGAUCCAAAAGAUGCCACGGCCAAGAACCUAAUGUGUGGGAAGAACGUUUUGAUAGACAUGAGCAUACACACUGCAUACGUAAAGGCGAUUCGUGCUGCCCAACAUUUUAUUUAUAUUGAGAACCAGUACUUCCUCGGCUCAUCUUUCAACUGGAAUAACUACAAAGAUUUAGGUGCAAACAAUUUGAUACCGAUGGAAAUUGCUCUCAAAAUUGCUAAUAAGAUCAGAUCGGGUGAAAGAUUUGCCGCGUACAUUGUAGUGCCAAUGUGGCCGGAGGGUGUUCCGACUAGUACACCAACUCAGAGGAUUCUCUUUUGGCAGUAUAACACGAUGCAGAUGAUGUACGAAGUGAUAUACAAAGCUUUAGUUGAGGUAGGGCUGGAAAAGACAGUUUUGGUCAUGGUUUAUGAAUUAUUGUGUGGUAUACCUUCCUUUGUUCAGGCGCUCUCCCAGAGAAGUCGACGUUUCAUGAUAUAUGUCCAUUCGAAAGGGAUGAUUGUGGAUGAUGAGUUUGUGAUCUUGGGGUCGGCUAACAUCAACCAACGCUCCUUGGAGGGCACCCGAGACACUGAAAUCGCAAUGGGAGCAUAUCAGCCCGAUCACACCUGGGCUAACAAAAACUGUAGACCACACGGCCAGGUAUACGGGUACAGGAUGUCACUAUGGGCCGAGCAUCUCGCGACGGUGGAAGCGUGCUUCGAGCAACCGGAGAGCGUGGAGUGCGUGAGGAGGGUGAGGGCUCACGGCGAGCACAACUGGCGGCAAUAUGCGGCGGAGGAAGUGGCGGAGAUGAAGGGCCACCUCCUCAAGUACCCUGUCGAGGUUGACGGGUCCGUGAAGGUGAAGUCGAUGCCCGGGUGCCCGAACUUCCCCGACAUCGGAGGGAAGAUCACCGGUGCGUUCCUCGGCGUCCAAGAAAAUCUCACCAUUUGAAUGGUAAUACAUGGGAUUUGCAUUG